AUGGCUGCUGGAUGGCGACGAUUUGCUAACAGAUCGCCAUAUCCAGAAAUUACUUCCAGUGCAGAUCACUCGUCAGUGGUUUAUGGACCUAAAUCUGAUCGUCGGUAUCGAAUUGAAUGGAUUCAAGGGAGACGAAACGCCAUAGAGGAACAACAAACGAUUGAGUGGGUAGCCGAAACAGUUGGAGAAAAGGCACCGAAAGAUAUGAAUGAAGUGAUGGAGUGGCUUCAGAACGGUAUUGUCAUCUGCCGGUUGUUUGAAGAGUUAUAUCCCGGCGAACUCAUAGGACGAAUUAAUGAAAACAAAUCACAAUUUCAUGCAAAUGAAAAUAUAACAAAUUUUUUAAAGAGCGCAGAAAAAUCUGGUUUUUUGUCGGUGGAUUUAUUUGAACUCAGCGAUUUGCAAGCAAAAAAAAACAUUUCUCGAGUGCUUCAAACACUUACAGCAAUUAAAAAGAGGGUAAGUUGUAGGUUUUUCCGUAAACCAAUUUUUUUGUUGUCUCUCAGAACUUUUAACUUGUCAAGAAUAAACUUUCAGUCUUUGUCGGUUUCUUACGCGUUAUCGUUAUCUCUCGUGUAAAA